AUGGGCUGGGCGCGACGGGGCGGCCGCGGGCGCCUGCGGCUCCCGCUGCUGCCGGUGCCGCUGCUGCUGGUGCCGCUGCUGCUGCUCGGCGAGGCGGCGGGGCUGGGGCGCGGCGGCGCUCCCCGCCCGCUCCGCUUCUCCGGUCAAGUGCCUGAGAACAGCCCGGCGGGGACGUGGGUGCGGGGCUUGCGUGUGCCGCUGCGGAGGCUGCUUGGUCCCCGGGAGCCCCCCGGGGAGUGGGCGCUGGAGGGCGACGGAGCGUCCCGCUUCUCCCUCCAGCGGCGGCCGGGCAGCGGCCGGGGGCUGCUGCUGCUACGCACGGCCGAGCGCUUGGACCGGGAGGCGCAGCCCGAGUACGGGCUCCGGCUGCGGCGGCGGGUGGGCCGGUCCGCCCGGGAGGCUCUGUUGCGCGUCCAGGUCCUGGACCGUAACGACCACCGUCCCCGCCUGCCACCGGCGCGGCCGCUGGAGGUGGACGAGCUGGCCCCGCUGGGCACGGAGGUGGCCCGGCUCCGCGCCUCGGACGGCGACGAGGGCGCCAACGCGCGCCUGACCUACCGGCCCUGGCCGCCGGGCGCCGGCAGCUGCCGGCUCUUCGUCGUGCCCCGCAGCGGGCAGGUGCUGGCCGUGGGCUCGCUGCUGGGGCUGCGCCGGCUGCGUCUUUGCGUCGCGGCUCACGACCACGGCCGUCCGCGACCGCUGCGCAGCCCCCCGCGCUGCCUGCGCCUGGCCGUGCGCGGCCGGCGGGCGGUGGGCGGCAGCGGGGCGCGGCGGCGGACGCGGUCGCUGCCGCCGGCGCCCGAACGGCCGUCGGAGCCCGGGGCCCGGCGUUACACGGCCCGCCUGCCUCCCGGUGCGCGAGUGGGAGACACCGUCUUCACCGUGCCGCUGAGCCGCGACCAGGCGGCGGGCGGCUGGUUCGAGCUGGCGGCUCCCGGUGCCACCCCCGUGGGGGUCGACAGGGCGUCGGGGCGGCUGUACCUCCGGCGGGAGCUGCGGGCGGGAGGCCGCGCGGAAGUGCUGGUCAAGGUGCACCGCGGCGGAGGACGAGGUAGGCGGCUGCGAUGA